AUGACCUUCUGCACUGCAUUAUUCAAUGGAUUGUGAUUCUCUUUCAAUUUACUCAUUUCCGUUCAUCUGCAUAUUCCGUUUUUCUGUAUCCAUCUUCCAUUAAAUAGUUUUUCAUCUAGAUUAUCUAAGCACUCACUCAUUCCCAUUCAACCACCCCAUUUUCUACCAUGGCUGUUCAAUUGAUUACCGAUGCUGCUCUGUCCAAAUUCUUUGAGAAGACUUUUGACAUUUUAUUUUCUCGUUUUGAGGGCAUAUUUCGUGGAGAUAAUAAAUGUAAAAAGAAACAGAUAAGCAACUUGAAGGGGAAGCUCCUGGCCAUUGAUGUUGUGGCUGAUGAUGCAGAACAGAAACAGUUCACAAAUCCGCGAGUGAGAGAUUGGCUUCUCGCAGCCAAAGAUGCCGUGUAUGAUGCAGAGGAUCUCCUGGAGGAAAUAGAUCAUGAUGCUAAAGAGGUUUGCAAUCCCCUCACUUCUUUUAUCAGUUUCUUUGAAAAUAAAUUUGAAUCAAGGAUGGAAAAACUCAUUGAAGACCUAGAAGAUCUUGCAACACAAAGCCGUGUUCUAGGUUUGAAGAAGGCUGAUGAUGUUGGGGUCUCAGGAUGGGUCAGUAAAUUACGAUCAACAUAUUUGCCAAAUGAAAGUGUUAUAUAUGGCAGAGAUGAUGAUAAAAAAUUUGUGUUUGAGUGGCUCACAUCUAACACUCACAACAAUCUGUCUAUACUUUCUAUUGUGGGAAUGCCUGGGGUGGGUAAGACCACUCUUGCCCAACAUUUAUUCAAUGACCCAAGCAUGAAUAAGGAUAAAUUUGAAGUCAAAGUUUGGGUCUGUGUUUCAGAUGAAUUUGAUGUUUUCAAGGUAUCAAGAGCAAUUCUUGAGGAUGUUACUGGAUCACCUGAUGAUAGCAGAGAUACACAGAUGGUUCACAAAAGAUUGAAAGAAAAAUUUACGGGGAAAAAAUUUCUUAUUGUUUUGGAUGACGUUUGGAAUGAAAAUCAAUCUAAAUGGGAAGAGGUGCAAAAGCCCCUUGUUUUCGGAGCCCAAGGGAGUAGGAUUCUUGUCACUACACGUAAUAAGGAAGUUGCUAGUAUCAUGCAGUCAGAGGAACACUCCCUAGAGCAACUACAGUACGAACAUAGCUGGAGAUUGUUUGCUAAACAUGCAUUCGGAAAUGAUGAUACUAAACCAAAUCCGAAGUACAAUGAGAUUGAUGUCAAGAUUGUUAAGAAAUGUAAAGGAUUACCUCUUGCCUUGAAAACAAUGGGAAGUUUAUUAUACAACAAAUCAUCUGUUCCAGAAUGGGAAACUGUGUUACAAAGCGAAAUAUGGGAAUUUUCCCAAGAGCGUUGUGAUAUUGUUCCCGCUUUAGCAUUGAGCUAUAUCCACCUUUCAUCUCAUUUGAAGGUCUGCUUUGCUUAUUGUGCACUAUUCCCUAAGGAUUAUGAGUUUAGAAAAGAGGAUUUGAUUCAGUUGUGGAUGACUGAAAAUUUCCUACACUGUCAUCAACAUAGUAAGAGUCCGGAAGAAGCUUGCCAACAAUACUUCAAUGAUUUAAAAUCAAGGUCCCUCUUUCAACCAUUAACUGAAAAGAAAGAAGUAUUUGUCAUGCAUGACCUUCUAAAUGAUUUGGCAAAAUAUGUUGCUGGAGGCAUAUAUUUCAGGGGCAAUAUUGAUCAAACAAAAAAAAUACAAGAAGUAACUCGUCAUUUUUCAUUUGAACUUGGUUACGACCGACAUUUUGAAGGGUUUGGAACUUUAUACAAAAAACAAAGGUUACGUACAUUUAUGCCAACAGGUAGGAGCAUGGAUCAACUUCCCUGUUAUUGGAAUUGCAAAAUAUCGAUACCUGAAUUGUUCGCCAUGUUUAGCUUAUUGCGUAUCUUAUCCCUCUCUCAUUGUUCUGACCUUAAAGAGGUACCUGACUGUGUCGGCAAUCUUAAGUAUCUUCGUUCGUUAGACCUCUCUCGUACUGCCAUAAAAAAGUUAUCUGAAAGCAUAUGUUCACUUUCCCGCUUGCAAAUACUGAAGUUGAAUUAUUGUAGCGAUUUGGUGGAGUUGCCCUCAAAUUUGAAUUCACUCACCACUUUGUGUCGCCUUGAAUUUAUAAAGACUAAAGUGAUAAAGGUGCCAGAUUUGAAAAAUUUGAAGAAUCUUAAAGUAAAGAUGAGUUCCUUUAACGUUGGCUGUAGUAGCGAGUUGGGUAUUCAACGGUUAGGAGAGCUAAACAACCUUCAUGAAAGCCUAUCAAUUGACGAGUUGGAGAAAAUUGAGAAACCCCGGGAUGUAUCAGAAGCAAAUUUGAAGAAUAAUACACACCUUGUGAAGCUAGAGUUGAAAUGGAAUUCAAGGAGGAAAGAUAACUCUAUUGAUUCAAAAAAAGAAGAGGAUGUAAUUGACAAAUUGCAACCUUCCAAAAACUUAAAGGAGUUAUCAAUCUUUAGCUAUGGAGGCACACAAUUUCCAGAUUGGUUACUAGAAGAUUCAUCAUGGGAGAUGGUGUCCUUAGCCUUUAAGGAAUGUAAGUCUUGCCAACGUUUACCUCCACUUGGACUUUGGAAAGAUCUAAAGGACUUGAAGAUUGGAGGACUUGAUGGGAUAGUGAGUAUUGAUGCUGAUUUUUAUGGGAACAACUCUUCUUCCUUUAAUUCCCUUGAAAAUUUAGAGAUCUCUGAUAUGAAACAAUUGGAAAAAUGGGAGUGUAAAGCUGUGAGAGGCGCUUUUCCAAGUCUGAAACGUCUUUCAAUAAGUAAUUGUCUCAAGCUGAAAGGAGAUCUGCCAGAGCAACUUGUUCCUUUAAAUGAUCUAAAGAUUUCUCAAUGUGAUCAAGCUUUAACUGUUACUGCUCUAAAAGUGCGAUGGCCUACAAUGAAACGUCUAAAAAUAGACGGGGACUACUUGGAAGCAUCAAUGGUGAAAAUUGUUUGGCACUUCACUUCUCUUGAAGUCUUAGACAUUAAUUCACACUCGAAGACAAACAGUGAUGAAUCUGUCUCUCCGUGGACCUUUCCUCUACAUUUCUUCCCAACAUUAAGUGCGCUUAAUCUCAGAGGGUUUCUUAAUCUGCAGAUGAUCUCACAGGAUGACCGUCAUAAUCAUCUCAAGUAUCUGACAAUCGAAAAGUGCCCAAAAUUUGAAUCAUUGCCUGAAAGCAUGCAUACAUUGCUUCCAUCUCUCAUGAGGCUAAGCAUAUAUGAUUGUCAAAAACUUGAGUCGUUCCCUCACGGAGGUUUGCCAUCAAAUCUAAAUUUCGUGAAACUCCAGAAUUGCUGCUCCACACUUAUUGGCUCAUUGAAAGGAGCUUUGCGAGCCAAUACCCUGAAAAGCUUGUGGAUUGGACUCGUGGAUGCAGAAUGUUUUCCUGAUGAAGGUUUGCUUCCCCUCUCUCUUACUUCUCUAUGCAUCUAUUGUUUUGAAAAUCUAAAAAAAUUGGACUACGAGGGUCUUCGUCAACUCUCAUCUCUCGAAAAACUGAGUCUUCGUGAUUGCCCCAAUCUCGAAAGCUUACCGGAGGAGGGCCUUCCCGAAUCAAUUUCACAAUUUUCAAUUUCGGGUAACUGCCCUUUACUCAAACAUCGUUGUCAGAAAGAAGUAGGGGAAGACUGGGGAAAGAUUUCACACAUCCAAAACCUGGAUGUGGAAUGAUAUUUGGCUGAAUGUAUGUGCGCUGAGUUAUCUCUUGGAAGUCCCACAGGAGGAAGGUGAAUUCUAAUAAAUGAGUGCAAAUCUCACUGUACAAAAACUCUACAAACUUUAUAAACAGUGCAAAUCUCACUCUAUAAUCCGGUUUCAUGA